AUGCUCCAGCUGAUACGGACCCUGUGCAACCGUCCUGAUCUCUGCGAGAAAAUCAGCAGCGUCGACCUCGACGACUACACCAAGACAGGACCCCCACAACUACUUCCUUGGAUUGCCGAGUGGCGUUGUCUCAAGAGGUGUCGCAAAAUUGUCGCCGCGGAAGUUUUCGACGAAAUCGUUAGCGACGAGCAUGCAGACGACGUUCAACUACUAUGGUCCAAGAACCACCGCUUCCUCCUCGACGUACUCAUUGCGUCUUGUCCCAACAUAAAGAAGCUGAGCCUGAGGUUGCCUGGAAGCGAACAAGACCCGCUAUUUAUCAUCUCCGGCAGCGAAGACAUAACCUUAUUGGACCUGUUCUCGGGUGUGUCUCGAAGAUUGCUCGGUGAACAACUCCAGAGCCUCACGAUCCGAGAGACGGACAGUCACACGACGCUGUUCAGGACACCGAACGUGACCCUAGCAUUCUUCUCUAACCUGACGCAUCUCAGCAUACCUACAGAUGUUUUGAUUUUUAUGGAUCGAAAACCGACUGCUGUGAGCCAAGCGCUACCAUCAAGCCUUCGCCAUCUGCAUAUCAAGCCUUGCAGUCUCUAUGUUUCCCUCUGGUUCCCGAGCUUUGCCGCAGCAUGUGUUAAAGGUGUGCUCCCUAGAUUGUGUCACGUUGACUUCCACUUCCGAACCAGCCUGAAAGACAGCUUGAUUUGGAUUGAUCAGGGCCGCGGUCUUCUAAGUUCAAUGAGGGACCUCAUCGAUCUCUUAAAACGCAAGCAUGGAAUCUCUCUGCGGGGCUAUAAUGAAUCUGGCAUUUGUACAGGCGAUCUUCUCGAGGAACUCGACGCCUGGUCACACCUCUCCACUACCGAGCUGUGGUAUCCAGCGGCAAAAGACGCGGAGUUCUCUUCAAUUGUUGCAAGGUCGAAGGAGGGCGCUCCUCGACGCAGGACUGAGGAGGAGAUUCGUACAUAUAUCAAGCGCGAUCGACUUUCUCAGAAGUUGGUAUUCACACGCAAAUACAUCUUCAAGCCUGAUGUCCAACUUCAAGUCACUGCACCGAGAUCAUUUUCCACCAAUGUGGAGGAGCUACCAAAGAUAGUGACGCCGAGGUUUUCGAACGAAUUCGCACGUUGGCUAGCUUCCGUUGCAGCUGCCCAGCGAAUGUCUGAGCCGACACUUCGCGGUGCGCUAGCACAUCUGAGUCUGAGCUCACAAUUCGAGGAGGAGAAACUAGCCAUCACCACAGCGGUCACAUUCCAAGCAUCCAACCACUGGCCCCUCCCUCGUGUUGCGUUUGAUUCAAAUCAAUGGCUUGGUCUAAAGUUCUUCGAAAACGUACGAUCAAAGAUGGGUAAAAUAUCGGUAAUACCCAAACGCAAGAGCAAUCACAAGAGGGAGCACACGGUGGCGCGACCAAGCAGCAAAGUUCGACGUGUGAAACCGAAACUGUCGGAUUAG